AUGGCGGGUGGCGGUUUUACCGAUGCCGGAGGUAAAAGGGCUCAUCUUUACCAGCACAGGAUUACAGGCUACUUCAUCUUUUCUUGCAUCGUCGGUGCUAUGGGUGGCUCUCUAUUCGGCUAUGAUCUUGGCGUUUCCGGUGGCGUGACGUCGAUGGACGAUUUUCUCAAAGAGUUCUUCCCGAAUGUGUACGCCCACAAGCAUGCGCAUCUGAAAGAGACAGAUUACUGCAAGUACGAUGAUCAGAUAUUAACGUUGUUCACUUCGUCUCUGUACUUUGCGGCCCUGGUUUCGACAUUUUUUGCUUCGAGUCUGACGAAGAACAAAGGCAGAAAAGCCAGCAUCAUUGUCGGAUCUAUAAGCUUUUUCGUGGGAGCUGUCAUUAACGCAGCUGCCAUAAACAUCGCCAUGUUGCUCAUUGGACGUAUCCUACUUGGCGUCGGCAUCGGAUUCGGCAACCAAGCCGUUCCACUAUAUCUUUCUGAGAUGUCUCCAGCAAAUGUACGAGGAGCAGUAAACCAACUGUUUCAGUUAACAACUUGUACGGGAAUCCUCGUAGCAACCUUGGUGAACUACGGCACAGAGCAGCUACAUCCAUGGGGAUGGAGGUUAUCGCUAGGUUUAGCCACAGUUCCAGCAACGCUAAUGUUUAUCGGAGGCGUGUUGUGCCCAGAGACGCCAAACAGCCUCGUGGAACAAGGCAGAAUGGAUGAAGCAAGAACCGUACUUGAGAAGAUCAGGGGGACCAAAAAUGUGGAUGCAGAAUUUGAUGACAUGGUGGAGGCAAGCAAAGAGGCUCAGGCCAUAAAGAACCCAUUCCAGAACCUAUUGCUGAGAAGGAACAGACCCCAGCUUGUGAUUGGGGGAAUAGCUAUCCCAGCAUUCCAACAGCUAACCGGGAAUAACUCGAUCCUCUUCUAUGCUCCUGUUAUCUUUCAGAGUUUAGGAUUUGGGAAUGGAGCUUCACUAUACUCGUCUGUGAUUACAAGUGUUGCCCUUGUCGUGGCUCCUCUCAUCUCAAUGGCUGUCGUCGACAAGUUUGGCAGAAGAGCUCUAUUCUUGGAAGCCGGUGCUGAAAUGUUGAUUUGCUUGGUGGCUGUGGCGAUAGUUUUGGCAUUAGAGUUUGGAGAAGGGAAACAACUAUCAAAAGGGGUAAGCAUAUUUCUGGUGAUAGUAAUAUUCUUGUUUGUGUUGGCCUAUGGAAGAUCAUGGGGUCCACUGGGGUGGCUAGUUCCGAGUGAGUUGUUUCCAUUAGAGAUAAGGUCGUCGGCACAGAGUGUGGUGGUGUGUGUGAACAUGAUCUUCACGGCGCUGGUAGCACAGUUCUUCCUGGUCUCACUGUGCCAUCUCAGAUAUGGGAUCUUCUUGCUGUUCGCAGCAUUCAUUGUGAUAAUGAGCAUGUUCGUAUUAUUCUUCUUGCCGGAAACAAAGCAGGUUCCGAUCGAGGAGAUUUAUCUUCUAUUUCAAAACCACUGGUUCUGGAAAAGAUAUACAGAGGACAAUACCGCCCAGUCGAUUGCUUAA